AUGCCCCCCACCUACAUUUGCCGCAUUCGGUAUCAGACCUCAUUGUUCAAUUCCUCACGACGUCCCCAACACACUUCUCGGUGCAAUGAACACGUGGUCCGAGCCUGCCAUCUUCAACGCCACGUCCACCAACGUCCGGGGGCUCAACCUGAUCAACACGGGGGGAAUUAUUCGCGAAGACCCGGUGAAUGCCAGCCCGUCAAUCGUGUACCGGGCGAGCAACCCCGACUUAGUUCGAGCGUUGGUCGUCAAUCAAAACGACGGGGCCAAUGGGGACACACUUGAAUUGGAAUUGCUGAGCCAAAAAGACAUUGCCGGCGACUACUUGCUCGAGAUUUACAUCCCGUCCAAUUCGCUGCAAUACAUUCACACUGGAGACGGCGGCAACACGGUCGUGGGCCCCAACACACUCGUCGUAGACUCAAAUCGCGACAUUGAGAUCAAAGCACUGGGCUCAGGCAGCAUCUUUGUCGAGACUGAAAACAUCGGGUCCAGUUUCUUCAUGGUCGAGGCACAAUCGAGCGGCGACAUCCACAUCAACGUGGACAACAUCUUGUCCGCAGAUGUCUUGGACCUGGCGGCGCAAGGCAGGGGGGAGGUUUCGUUGUUGGCGGGCUACACCUCCACCACCAGCCUCGUCGCGGUCGCGUCGGGAUCCGGCAACGUGUUUGUGGGGAACCCUACCAACGACCGCGCGUCGCCGUCCAUCAUGACGACGGACCUCAUCACAAAGGUCUUUGGCGACGGGAGCGUCGUAUUCUUGACCGACGGGUCUUGCGCGUCCAGCUUCGUCCAGACCAGCGGCACCGGCAGCGCCUUCCUGAGCUCAAUGACGUGUCAAGACACGGGUGUGGUGCUCCUGAACACGGGCAACAUCUACGUUACCUCGACCGAUUCGUUUGCGAGUGAAGAUCGCGGCACGGGCGACGUGUUUGCUGCUAUCGACGCCUUAACCACCAACGCCACGGGGACGUACUACCCCCUGCCCGACAAUGUCCUCUUGGGGGCCCCGACCUAUACGAGUUUAGUCGUUCCGGACCGAACCCCCACGACCAUUGAAAUCAAGGGCGUCCACUCCACUUCUCCAGACAAGCUCCCCCCCACCGUAGUUUCUCGGGGAUCCAAUGCCAUUGGAGGGGGGUGCAUUGCUGGCAUUGUUCUCGCACUUGUCCUAUUGGCAGCAAUUGCGGGUGUGCUCAUUCGCCGACGCGUCAAGGCGCGCAAGCAUCCGCAAGUCAAACUGAAUUACGUGACCGAAGUCGAGUUUGCACAAUUGGCGACGCCGGCCGCUGCAGCCGAGAAAGUACUCUCCAUGCAAACGGCGUAGAUAUACUGCAGUUCUCUCGUGUAUAGUUUAUCGUAAAGCUAAUAAUAUCACUCUUCGUUCUUCCACAA